AUGACAGGGGAUAGAACAUUGUUUACCACUUUUAAGGAAUGUACAGUUGGUACUACUACUUUUGGUGAUGGUAAAGCUUCUAUUGUAAGUGGUAAAGAUUCUUCACUUAUGUGCUUUUCUACAGUUACUGAUGAGACUGUUUUAUGGCAUAAAAGACUUAGACAUGUGAAUUAUAAUGAUUUAGUAAAUUUGUCUAACAAUGAUCUUGUUCGAGGAGAAAUGAAAGAACUUGCAAUUCAAAAAGAAGAAAGAGUUGAGGAUAAAGGUGGAGAAAGUGAAGAGGGUGAAGAAGAUGAGGAUGAGGAAUUAGAGGUUACCACUGAUGAACCUAUAGGAAUUCCUAUACCAUCUCUAGAUAUUCCCACAUCUAGCAGUUCUAGAAGAGACUCUGAUCCUAAUAAGGUUGAUCAUUUCUUGUAUAGGAGUAUGAUUGGUAGCUUGUUGUAUUUAGCAGCAACUAGGCCACAUAUUUCAUUUAGUGUAGGUGUUUGUGCUAGGUAUCAAGCUGAUCCUAGAGAACAACACAUUCUUACAGUCAAGCGCAUUAUUCGUUAUGUCAAUAGUACAUUGAAUUAUGGAUUGCGUUAUUCUUCUGAGUCUAACUCUGAGAUUCCAUGCUAUACUGAUGCUGAUUGGGCUGGAAACAAGGAUGAUAGAAAAAGUACUUCAGGUGGUUGUUUCAAUGUUGGUACUAAUCAUGUUUCAUGGUACAGCAAGAAGUAA